AUGACAGAGCGGUUUGGCAGCCCGGUCCCGCUGGACGCAGAAGCAGUCCAUCAACGCAAGACACGUCGAUUGCUUUCACGAUCCGAUGGAGAGAUCCAGCGUGAGAUGGAUCAAUCAAAGCUCGAAUACCGUGCUGGGUGGCCAGCCCUACCUCCCAUGCCUAUCGAUACUAUCCGAGGAGGCGCGUUCGAGAUGGUCCAAGAUGCCUACGAGAGAAUUGAAGAAGCAAACACUAUUCUGCAGUCUCAAGUUAUCUGGAAUGAAACACAGGGCUUUGUCUUCAGGGUUCCUCGUGAUGCCCCAGAAACAGAUGAUCUUUCACCAUACCUGACCCUCCUCUGCCCUAUCGACAUGCACGAACACGCGCAUGUCGUUGUCAACGCCAUUACCAGAAUCAGGUCGGUGUUCAAACAACAUGACUCUACGAACGACAUUCAGAUCGAGUUUAUCGACUAUCGCGUCAUAGACUCUCUCAAUAGUUUUCCAAUCCACUGCGAUGAUUCCCGCAUUGUCGAGAGAUGGGAGGAAUCUGUAGCGCCAAUCGUCCUGGGGCUGUUGGAACAGCAUGAGUGGCUUGCCUUGGAAAUGAUACGCCGUGGUUGGAGCGACGACCCUGGAGAAUGCCCUCCGACUAUCGUGAUUACAACACGUACUGCGCGCGAACCCAAAUGGACUACAACUAUCAUUCCCGAAAUCUCAGCUGCUCUUAUAGAGAUUGCUCCCGACUUCAAGGUCGAAAUCCUCUGUGGCGUGUCACUCCUAGGUACCAGAAGGAAGUACGAGCCCUCCAACCUGGUUAGGAGCAUAUCAUACGGGAAGAUCGUGUACAUGGGCUCUUCUAUUGGCAUUUUCAGUGUGCCCAAUGCGUGCAGCACUCUAGGAGGAGCUGUGACACUUGAGGGCGGCGUCAAAUGCGGCAUUACCAACUGGCACUGUGUCAGGGAUGACCGACUUGACCAAGGUAAGAGCUUCAGCCAGUCUCAUGGUAUUCAAACUAACCCCAAUAUAGUUGUCUCAGAGACCAACGACGGAGCUCUGAGGGUCGGUAACAGAACAUUGACGAACGCUCCUCAACGCAUCCUAUCUCCCGCGACAAAUGAUCAUAACAGCUACCUAGACUUCCUCCGUGUGUCGAUCGAAACAUACAAAAGUGAUGCUGCCAGGGGAAAGGGGAAUAUAAAAACUGCUCUGAAAGCGACUGAAAAGGAACGCGAGGACGUGAAACAGGCCAGUCUCGAUCUUGGUGUCGUCUACGCAGGCUCAGGCCGCAGGACCGUUUUAGCGAACAGGUAUGCGACGGAACCAGAGACAGGUAGAUCCAAAGAGAAGAAGAGACACCAGGAGCGUGAAUAUCGUUGGCUUCUAGAUUGGGCUUUAGUGAGCGUCGACAUCCGACAACACGACGUUGUCAAUCAGCUCCCGCCUAAACGUGAAUUCCCGUUGUCGUCACCGCUGGUGCCUAAGAAGCAUUGCAGUCAAUGGUCAGCCUUCAACGUCAACAGAAAGCAUGUUCCUGUUGCCAAGCUUGGACGUACCACGGGCGGGACCUUGGGAGAGAUCAACUCUCCCAUUGUUUUCAUUAACCCUAAGGAAGAUCAGCAGAUUUCGGCAGUCCAUGGAUUCACUCAAAAGAACCCUGGGGCGUGCUAUGGUGUAACCAAGGUCAACGCAAAAGAUCCGUCAUUCCUUGAACCUAGAGACUCUGGUAGUAUACUAUUGCAUGAAGCAUCCGGAACGCAGCUAGGGCUGCUUUUUGGAAUGGGUAGCACCGGAACGUAUUUCUUCAUUCCCAUCGACCUUGUGUUUCAGGACAUCGAAAGGAUCACGGGCAAAAAGGUCGUGGAUCCCGCUUAUGUCACUCCAAGUUUAGGCUCUGGUUCGGGGGCGCAGUCUCGUGAAUUCGACUCGAAUUAUGUUCAAAAUGGUAUUUCUAACGCAUGGAACUGCUGUAGAGUAAUGCCGAACACAUAUUCUUUAAAUUUUACUAAAAGUCGCAAUCUAGAUGUAGUCAUGGGCCUGUUGGUAUUGCUGAAAAAGCCUUUCGAUUCUAUGCCAAUACCACCUAUCAUACACCUUGGCAUUAGCAUGGAAUAUAAUCAAGGCCUACUAAGAUCUAAAGAGCGAAAUCAUCAACGACAAAAACCAAUGUCAAUUCUGUUAGUAGGGGUGAAUUCGGGCCGGCCGACUCUUCGAUGGUUUAUGUACUCGCUCGCUUACCUUGAUGCCAUAGUCACUAAACACUCGUAUGUCAAGGAUUACAUCGUGGCUAGCGACAUUCCGGACAUGGAAAACGGCAUGAACAGCUAUAAGCAGUAA